AAUAAAUAUUUAAAAUCAGACAACCGAAGGUGAAAUUUAGAAAAGGUGAAAUUUCGACACCAAAUGAAGCCAGACGCAAAGAGCAAAGAUUUGCAUGCACAAGGAUGUGAUGACCAUCGGGUAGAUGCACCAAGCAUCUAACUAAUCAGCACAAAGUAAAGUGGCUUGAUUACAGGCCAGGAAGCAACAACAUCAAUUUUAUCGUGAUUUGAUUGAGGAAAGGCUCUCACCGCAAAAUCUAAGAUCGAUUCAUCUGUAGAUUUGCGGCACCGUCAUGGAGCCGCCUGGCGGACUGCCACCAGAUCGAGAUCAGCAGUUAGUUUUGCGCAAUCUGGUUAAUGCAACACCGUCAACGUCGGCAACAGUGCAGCAGGCACAAUCACAACCGCUGCCACCUGAACAAUUGGUACAAAUACCGCAAUGCGUCAAGCCAACAACUUUGAGCCUACAACCACUGAUUGCGCCGCAGGCGACAGCUCAGCUUUUUCCUUCUACACAAAUAAACAACAAUCUGGGGACUAUUGCAACAUUAACUAGCUAUGCCGGUGGUCAUAGUGGAAGCAGUCCUGCUCUUGCCUCCGCAGCAACUACAAUAAAUGCCGCCACGCAGGCGGCAACUGCCUUCAGUGGCAGCUCAAUGGGACAUCAUCAUCCGCAGCACCACCACCAUUUGCACCAGCAUCAGGCUGCGAGUGUAGGAUCAAAUGCUUCCCAACACCAUCACCACCAAGGCUCUGCAUCCACUGCGCCCAUAUCUGCUGGUGCCCCCAUCCAACAGCCUGCACAGCAAACCAUUGACAAGCUCUCCCGUCCAAUGGCAUUUGAUAAGAUGGAAGUCCUAGUGCGGGAGAUGCAGGACCAAGAGCAUGGGGUACCAGUGCGUCAGCAAAAGAUGUUCCUUACCUCCAUCCCUUAUGCUUUCAUGGGGUACGAUCUAAUUGAGUGGCUUAUGGAUCGUCUUCAAAUAGAGGAAUCGGAAGCACUGAAUAUUGCAAAUCAGCUAUGCCUCCAUGGAUACUUUUUUCCCGUCAACGACUCAAAGACCUUGACUGUAAAAGACGAUUCAUCUCUUUAUCGCUUCCAGACACCCUACUACUGGCCCUGGCAGCACAAGGCUCCGGACAAUGUGGAGUACGCAAUAUAUUUAGCAAAGCGGUCACUUCGCAAUAAGCAGCGUCAUGCUUUGGAGGACUACGAGGCUGAGGCUUUGGCCUCUCUGCAUAAGAACCUAAAAGGGAAGUGGGACUUCAUCUCAAUGCAGGCCGAGGAGCAGGUGCGUCUUGCAAAGGAGCGCAAAAAGGGUGAGAAGAUCGUUGGCGACUCGCAAGAGCGAGCUUAUUGGCGAGUCCACCGACCACCACCCGGUCAAUUUACACCCCUCGAGCCGUGCCCGGUCCCUUCACGGGAUCGCCAGGGCCAAAAGCCAAAUAAAAAGAAGACUGUCGAUGAUAUUCAACGCGAGGUGGAAUUUCUGAGCAAAUCCUUAAAUCGUACACGCAUGAAGAUGUCACAAGCUUGUGAAUCUCUAGUCUGCUACUCGGAGACAUUCAACGAGUAUGACUUCUUUCUGCAGCCAGCACUGCCCUCCAACCCUUGGGUUACUGAGGAUAUUGCCUUUUGGCAGCUAAACAGCACUUUUGUUGAUAUACCAACGGAAAAGCGUGUGAAACGCUGGGCCAUUUCGAUAGAGGAGCUCGUCUCGGAUCCCACAGGCCUGCAGGAAUUUACAAACUUUUUAGAGAAAGAGUAUUCUCACGAAAAUAUUCGCUUUUGGAUUGCUGUUAAUCGUCUCCGACGCUCAGCGCACUCGCAAGUGGCGCGCAAAGUCAACGAGAUAUUUGAAGAGUUCCUUAAGCCCGGAGCGCCGUGUGAGAUUAACAUCGAUGGGAAAACCAUGGAAAGCGUUCUGCGUGGUCUCAAAAAUCCCACGCGCUUCACAUUUGACUCCGCCUCAGAGCACAUAUACAUGCUGUUACUGAAAAAAGAUUGCUAUCCGCGCUUUGUACGUUCCGAUUUCUACAAACGUCUUGUGGACAGUGGUAUCCAGCCUUCGCACAAGAAACGCUUCUUCAAUUUUGGGGGUGUGAGUGGUGCGAAGAAGAAGAUGACUGCUGCUCUGUCUAGUCAGCCAAAUUUGGGCGAAGCGGCAAGAGGCACUAGUAGCACCGGCACAGCUAGCGGCACUGCAUCCAUCAUCCAAGCACCACCCCCUAAUAGCAUAGCGCGGCGGCGCGGAAGUGAUCGCAGUCUCACUGGCUCGGCUCAUGAGCUUGCUGUUGGUGGUGUCACUAAGGAUAGUUCCAAAGUCCCGCACUCUCACUCCCAAAAUAAUCUCAGCGAGAUUUCCUACAGUGAAUCUUCGAAUAUCAAGUUUUCCCAAUUAGGGACUACCAUAGAGAGCUUGUCAGCUGCUAGAGGCAGUGCCAUCUGUCCAUGGGAUGAGCCGGGCUCAGAUGCACUGCCUGCAGCACAGGUAAAGCUGUCUAUUUGUCCUUGGGAUCAGGAUAUCGGAACAGCGGACACAGUACAAGCCACAUCAGUCACAAAUGCUGAUUAUACUCCAGCUCUGCCUUUACCCUUGUCAACCGGCACUGUCGACGCCAGGGUAGAGCCGCAGCCCCCAACAAGCACUUGUCCACAAGUCUGUGAUGUGUCUGAACGCAUGCAACGCAACUUAGGCUUGCGACAUCAAAAUACUGUAGACAGCGGAGUGGCGGGUAUGAAGAGUUUAAUGCCCAACCAAACCGAACAACGGCGCGCCUCCGUUUCAUUUACACCCAGCACCUGGGAAUAUCAAACUGGUCGCAAUAAUUGCCCAUCGAUUACAAAUUCACCCGUUGUUAUCAGCUACCCACAAUUGGAGGCGCAACCUGUCUGUGCUGCUAGUGACAGCAGCAGUGCCGUCAUUACUAAAAAUUUGCCCGCUGUCAGUGAUACGGAAGCCGAGCUUGAAGAUGAGCCCAUCAAAUUGUUACCAUCUCAACAAAGUAGUGAGGUAUCUGGAUCUGAAAUGCUUUUGUUGGUCUCGCCAGAGCUAUCGGAAAUAAAGCCGCCCACCACCAACGUCACGUCGCCAUCAAAAGAGGGUGCACUUGUUAAACAAGGAGAUGUCAUUAGCCAACAAUUGGCUACAAGUACGCCCAUGGUGCCAUUGCCCAAUGAAAGUCCCACUGCCAACCUCUGCACGGAGCGGCAAUUAGAGUCUGACUUGCUUGUUGUCAAAGAAGUAUUAAUCGAGCUGAUCGAGCCUCACGCCUACAACAACUAUGACAUGCAACUCGAGUUGGUCGUCAAUGUGACGUCAGCCACUGAAAUGCAGAAGGCAGUUGAUCCCACAAAAAAUGAACAGCUUCAGGGCGAGUCGCAGGUUAAGACACUGACAGGGACUCAAAUCAAUACCGAAAAUGAAUUUGAAAGUCAUGUGCCGGAAAGUGUUGAGGCCGAGCUAUCGCCCACCACUGAUGAAUACCAGGAAGAAAUGCAUUUUGGUGAGGAUAGUAAGGAUGCUGUCUACGAUUACGAUAUUACUGACACGGAUAGACAUCUAGAAUAUAUACCGCCGGCGCCAACACCGGCACCCUCAAUGGCUCCACUCGCCGUACUGGACAUAGACACAGUGGACGAUGAACUCUUUGAUGAAUCGACAGUCGUCAGAACACAAACGCCAGCACUUAGUAUUGAUGAACAGCAUCGACGGCGCAAGAAACGCAACUCGGACGUAAAAAAAAACAGCUCGCUCGAUGAUCAAGAUAAAGGCAAUGAGGAGGCCAGUGGCUCGGCGCAAGCAGCUACGGAUGAGCACAAUGCCGUAUGUCCAUGGGAAGACCAGAACGUCAGCACCAGCGAUGACACUUUUGUGAAAACAUACGCUACGUUGGGGUACUUAUGAAUAAAGCCAAAUAUUUUUAAAUUAUUGGCCAGCAAGCUUCUAAGAAAAAAGCAGAACAAGAAAUAAGCUCCAUUUUACUUAAGUAACUUAGUGUAUUUGGUAUUACAAUACAUUAAGCAUGUAUACAAAUUAUUAAAUAAUUCGGUAUAUUCGCAUAAAUUCAAACGUGGUUAUGAUAAUUUCUGUGUAAAUGUAUGGAUAUGAUAAACUUAUAAUCGCUUCUCAUAUUCAACUUAUAUAUACAACCAGUUGCAAAGUUUGUUUAGCCGCAAAAACAUAAUACUUAUUAUUACUGAGAAAAAAACGCUUGUAAAUCGAAGUAUUUUAUUUAUUGCCUUGAAAAAAAUUGAAUUACGAAUAAUGUUUCUAAAAUUAUAAACAAUAAAAUUAUUAAUAGUUAUAAAAAAAAAAGAAAAACAAUUUUAAAAAUAACAGUAAUCUUCAGAUAAUAAGCCCUUGGAGACAUAUACAUAUAACGGAUACACUAUUUAAUGUUCUGAUCUUCGACAUGCAACGGCUUUCCCUAUAAAAACAAAAAAAAAAAAA